GCCAUAUUAUUACUUGAUGAGCAAACACAUGAUGGAGAAGAGUUUCAGCCGGCAAUGAAAUCGGCAGCACUUACACUAUCAUAUGUCGAUGAGGAUGAAGAUGAGGACAAGGAACCCGAUGACCCGCAUCGCUUGAUGGAAUGGCCACCGUCACCAUGGCAGCUGGAUGUGUUCUCGUCGAGGACUGGGCAAUGGGAGGUUAGGUCCUUCAUCCGGGAAGGCAAGCCUGCUGGAACGAUCGAAGACAUAAGGUUGGAUCUGCUCGAACGAUCAGUACGCCGGCGUUACACUGUAUACCAGAACGGAGUGCUUUAUGUGCACUGUCGAGGGUCUUUUAUUAUGAGGUUAUCAUUGUCAAGUGAUAAAUACCAAGUGAUUAAUACACCAACAAACAUUGGGAAUGGAAAACCAUAUCUUGGAAGAUUAGACAAGGAGGUGUGUUUUGGAAUUGUUCAUGAGGGCCAACUACAGGUUUGGACCCUCAAGGAAUCAUAUGGAAAGAUAGAGUGGGCUUUAAGGUAUCAAAAUGACCUUAACUGCUAUUCCCCUUACCCUUAUUUAGCAUCACUCUACAACCAUGCUGGAUUGAAGGUUGGACUUUGGAUCGUAAAGGAACAUAACAUUAGUGUACACAAUAGUAAUCACAUUGCUGAAACUCUAUCGGAAGAGGGUCGAGUGGGACUCUGACAAUGAUGACAUUGUUUCAGUUACUGCUGGAGGUGAGGAAAACUACUAUCGGAUAGACUUCAAUGAGAUUCUUGGAUUCCAUCCUUACAAGAAAGUUGUAUUUUUGGCUUGGUCAUUUGAUGUAGUGGCCUAUCAUUUGAACACAUUGAAGGUUCAAUAUCUAGGCAACUCACGCCCACAUUGUUACGAUCGCGAUCAUUCAAAUGGUAUAUACGAGUCAUUUGUAUAUACUCCAUGCAUGAUUGGGGAGCUUGAAGAAGACAAUAUUGACCGCAGCGCAUCUUGAAGAUUAGUGUGUAGAGCGCGUAAGGAAGGCAGUUGAACGAUGUAACAAAUUAUGAUUCUGUGCUUAUCUUGCAAACUUGAGUGGUUAGGUCAUUUCUUUCGUUACAGUCGUAUGUGUACCCUAAUUUCAUUGAUGACCCCCCCACAUUUGAACAUUAUUUUUUUUCAUACCUAGCUAUUCAAGUCAUGACUUUA